AUGAGGGAGUCAGUGAUUUUGACAUCUUGCUACUUUCUGUGUUAUGUUUUGGGACCAGUGAAACCAAAGACCCACAUAACGUACCCCCAAGUUCUACCAGUUUAUCUAAAAUCAGGCAGCGAUCUAGAUCUCAUGUGCGAGCAAUCAGAAGGUUUCAGGGUUGUCUGGUCCAAAUCAGACCCCACCGACUUGAACAGAGAAUAUAAAGUUAUUGACAGCUCAUCAGAAACUGGUUUUCUCAUUCUGGCCAGAGUAAAUGGAGUUUAUUUCUUGCAGUUGAAGAAGAAAGAUGUUCAGACGUGGGACUCUGGCUCCUACAAAUGCUCUGUUCAAAGUGGUACAGAUAUGCCAUUUGCUGUCGAUGUCUACGUCUUGGAAGGUGAGCAGGAUGUGGGAGAGUACAUAUGCCAGUUUGAACUGAACCAGCAAAAUAUAUUCAACCAUUCAGUUUACAUACAUUCCUACCCACAAAUCAAGCCAAUGGGCAGAUCAAAAAAUCUAGCAGAAGGAAAUACACUGGAAAUCGUCUGCAAAACUUGGGGGUGGCCGGCCCCGAACGUGACCUGGUUGAAAGAAGGGGACACAUCGUUUAUGUUGGACAGGCGCAUUUCUUUCCCUGACAACAAUACCCUAAGUAUUGACCCGGUCAACAUUAGUGACAGGGCUGUUUAUGUGUGCAGGGCCAGUAGUCUUGUCAACGAGACCAUGCUCGUCACCGUUGAAACUUCCAUACUGCUCAGAGUUAGAGGUAAGUUUGCAGCCGUCUACCCCUUCAUCGGCCUACUCCUCGAAGUCCUCGUCCUCUCCAUCUUCAUCUUUUCUUACGAGAGGACGAGACAGAGAAGAAGGUUGGAGCAGGAGAGGCUUGAAAACUCGAACAGCAAUCAGCAGGCCGCCAAUUCAAUAGCGCAAGCAGUGCAGAGGCGAACGAGCUCUCACGGCGCGAGUAACAACCCCGAUGAUAGUGCACUGAGACAAAAAAGAUUACAUCAACAGUCACAACAUCAACAGCCACAACAUCAGCAGCCACAUCAGCAGCUACAACUUCGCCUACAUCAAUCACAUCAUUAA